AUGUCUUACUUCCCCAAGGGCCACCACGACUCCGCCGACGAGGUCGACGACUUCGACGAGUACGACCCAACCCCCUACGGCGGCGGCUACGACAUCUCCCUCGUCUACGGCCGGCCCCUCCCCCCCUCCGACGAGAUCUGCUACCCCAACACCUCCUCCACAUCCGAUGACUUCGACUACGACCGCCCCCAGUACACCUCCUACGCCGAGCCCUCCGCCUACGCCGACGAGGCCCUCGACAAUGAGUACAAGAGCUACGCCCGCCCCAAGCCCCGACCCGCCCGCCCUUCAUACGAUCAGCCCAACCCCGGGUACGGCGGCGAGGGCGGAUCUCAAUAUGGAUCUGGCGGGUACGGUCGGAAGCCCGAAUCCGAAUACGGAGCUGGAGGCGGAUCCGAAUAUGGAUCUGGCGGGUAUGGUAGGAAGCCCGAAUCAGAAUACGGAGCUGGCGGCGGAUCCGAAUAUGGAUCUGGCGGAUAUGGUAGGAAGCCCGAAUCUGAAUACGGAUCUGGAGGGUACGGUAGGAAGGCGGAGUAUGGGGAACCGGAAUCUGAGUAUGGAUCCGGGUACGGAAGAAAGCCCCAGUACGAGAAAUCCGAAUCUGAGUAUGGAUCCGGGUACGGAACGAAGCCAGAAUAUGAAGUACCCAGCUCUGAGUAUGGAUCAGGGUAUGGUAGGAAACCUGAGUACGAAUCAGGUUAUGGCCGGAAGAAUGAGUACGAGGAGCCCACCUCGGAGUAUGGAUCGGGUUAUGGGAGGAAAUCUGAGCCUGAAUAUGGCAGAUCUGAAUACGGAUCCGGAUAUGGCAGGAAGCCCGAAUCCGAGGAAUACGGGUCUGGUGGAGGUUAUGGAUCUGGACGGAGGCCUGAUAGAAGCGAAUACGGGGAGGAGAAGCCCAGCUACGAGCGGCCCAGCUAUGAGACUGAGGAGUACCAGAGGCCCAGCUAUGGGAGGUCUGAGGAGGAGGAUUACAGGAAGCCACGCUAUGAGACGCGUGAUGAUGAUGAUGAGAGCUAUGGCCGCAAGAAAUAUGGAGAUGAUAAAUCUGAUGAUGAUGACGAUGAUGAAGAGAAGAAGAAGCAUCGUCAUAAGCACCACCACCACCGCAAGCACUAUGAUGAUUAAGUCGACUGAUUAAGUUCUUUGCCUCAUUACUAAAUAAAGAGUUGGUGUGCUGUUUUUUUUUUGGUUAUCUUUUCUUCUGGUUUGGAGUUUGUUUCCUUUUGUGUUCUGUCGCAUAAUGGUUCCCUAAGUCGUAUGCUUGAAAUAAAAAAGAAACUUCUCGAGUGGCCUAUGUAGCCAGAAACUUCUCGAGUGGCCUAUGUAGCCA